AUGGCAAACGCAGCCCUUCCCCUCAUAGGGAUCAAAAAUGGGUCAAAGAACUCAUUCCCACCCAAGUCCGUGGAAGACACCAGAAAAAUGAUCGAACAACUUUGUAUCGAUAUCAAUUUCGGCCACAAGGUCAAAAAAAUGGAUAUAUUUGUCGGUGGAAACAAUACCGCCAUUUUGUUUACUUGUCUUCCUCUCAAAGCAACGACUGAAGACCAACGAGUCGCCUGCGUAUUACGUACUUCUCUGAAAAAUCAUUUCAGAGGCAACCCCCCGGUCGAUUACUGCAUGAAGUCGGAAGUAUCUCUCACUGAUUACUUCCGCCAGAAAAAGAAUCUGCCAAUUCCAAUCGUUCUAGCAUGGGAUUGUACCUAUACGAAUACCAUCAAAUGUCCAUAUUCUCUUUUGGAACAAGUCAAAGGGGAAACAUUGGAGUUCGAGUAUUAUAACCUGAAUCAAGGUUUGCUUUAUAAGUCUCCACGGAAUGCCCGAGUAGAACGUCGUUGCUUAUACACGAGAUGCAUUGCCGUCUUUGUGGCUGCCAUGGACAAGACUGAACUUCCUGGGUACGGAUUUUUCGUCGCUGCGGCCAGUAUGCCAAACAAGGGUACCAAAGUAGAAGUAGACUUCCAGCUAAGUCGAGAUACCAUCGACGGGGUUAAGAUUCCCUCGGAGCCGAAUUUUCUUAAUUGGGUCAACAAUAUUCUGAAUGCGCAAAUGCAGAGAGCUUCUGAUAUUUUUCUUAAGGUGUCGCCCGUUGAAACUUGGAAGAUUCAGAAGCUUAGAACGAUAGGCUCGCAGAUGGCAGAGAAAGGGUUAUUGACAGAUGAACCGGCCGUAUUAUGGCAUGCAGACUUCUACCCGAGGAAUAUCAUGGUCGAGAGUCCUAGGAACCGUGCGAUACUCACCGGAGUCAUUGAUUGGGACGAAGCUAGGGCAUUUCCUCGACUUGUAUCCAGAAAACCUUCCAGCUGGCUCUGGUCCAUGGCAGAGAGCCCAUUGUUACCAGAAGAAAGCGACACAAUUGCAGCUGCUUUCUACGAUCAGAUGGAGAUGCUGCGUCCAGGAUAUAAAGAUGACGCGUGUCUGCCAAGCAGAAAAGCAGUGAGAGCUCUCUGCAUGUAUGCAGUCUUUGGGGUAAAUUUUCAGCAUCACCUUGAGGUGUCCUUUGAUAAUCUGGUGGGGUAUUGGGAGGAUGUCAUGAGGAAAGGUUAG